AUGGUCCAGUACGAUCAAUUCAAUGGCAUGUUUCCUCUCACGUCCCUUCCCUCCCGCGGAAGGACGGACGGUUCUGAGAGCCCUCAAUCACCAAGCCAACCAAUGCAUCCAUUACUCAGGAGGCUGUCCUCGGCCAGCAGUACGGGGCCGCACUAUUGCGCCCGCUGCCACCUGCGACGUACAUCCCAAGAACGUCGGUUUUCUCUCGAGCACGAGUGCUCGUCGAGCGAGGAGGAGUGGGACGGAUUCUGUCCCGAUAUCGCCAUGCCCAAAGAUCUGACUCCUCCGCCAUCACCCCACCACAAGAGACGACAUUCGUGUCUGUGCCCGGUCGGUGUCAUCGCCCAGGAACAUCACAAUAGCGGUUCCGUGUCGCCGGUGCAGAUGACCGUCAAGGAGGGUGCAGCCCGAUGCGCCCAUUACGGCCACCAUCACAGCAAGUGCAACUGCCAGGCCGUGCUUCCGGUGGAGAACUUGGAAGAACGAUACGGCCUCGUUGGCGAGCCCGCCCAGACGCGGCGGAAGCUGAGCCUGGAGAAGGGCGCCGCGACGCAGCUGGCGGAAAUCAUGCACGCCGAAAUGAUGUCCGACAUGGAGGCACGGAACAGCCGACUCUGA